ACUUCAGGAGGUUUGACGAUCAGGACGCACUCAAUCUGAAAUUAAACAGCUGUCUAACGGACGCAACCGCCGAGGAGUCCCUGAAAGAGUACCAGAAUUGCCAGAAUGAACUUGUCAUACUUUGUUGCGUGUGGACUUUUAGUCACACUGCUUUCAGAGAAGAUGGGGGCAAAACCUUUGACUCAGGCGCAGCAAAAGUCUCUUAGAAGUUUGCUGGGCGAGGAGUUGGCAGAAUUUCUGGAGUCGGGAGAGAGGGAGAAGCGGCUGGACGCUGUGCGCACUCGGAUACGGUUACUGAGAGAUUUACGGAUGGACACUCGGGCCAGAGGGAUGUGGGCACGUCUCUUGAACGACCAACCCCCAACGAGGAAACACAAAUCAGGGAGCAAGAAAGGAGGCUCCACGAGUGGCUGCUUCGGACAUAAGAUGGACAGAAUAGGGACCAUCAGCGGCAUGGGCUGCUAGGGUCGACGAUUCGAAUCGAGGACCUCUGGACGAUGGUUUUGGACAACAAGAGUUGAGUUUGUUCUCACCUGAGGAAAAAAAAAUAAAGAAAAAUCAUCAAAUGAAAAGAUUUUCGGUACGAAAUUGGCCUGGACCAGCAUUUACAAGGACUGAGAUGAUAAUGCUACAAAAUCUUCAUAUAAAUACAUAUAUACUACGUAAAUACGCAGGUAUAUAUACAUAUAUGUAUACCACACAAAAUGAUCUACUUAUACAAACAGAUAUAUACUACAACAUUGUGGACAAUGGUGUAAAAACUACAAACUGCAAAGCUGUACAUUAUUGCCCCGCUGCUGUACAUUCAAGUACUUCAUCUCCCGCUGCAUAAAUGUAUUUAUGUUUAAAAAAUAUUUAUAUGUUUAUAAAAAGAGAUAUUUAUAAAUAUGAGUUUUAUUUAUGUAACAUUUUGAAAAUGGAUGCAAACUGCAGGUCAAUUCUGUUUGUUACCCUUUUCUUUUGUCGCA